UGGGUGGUCCGUCCCUGAUAAGACGUGACAUAAAAUGUCAGCUAAAUAAUGCGUUGUGGAAUAACCAUUAUAUUAAGGGUUUAAUUGAGUGGUAGGAUUAGUGCUUUUAUCCAACAAUUGGACACUAAACAUGUUCGCAAGGUGAGACCGUAGGUACGCGCACUAAACAUGUUCGCAAGGCAUUCAGCAAAAAAAGACAUAUUCACUAGGCACUUUCAAAUUUCACUGGUUGAAAGUGGAGUCCAUGUGGGAAUUAAAAAAAAAAAAAAAAAAUUAUAAUUUGCAUUGAGUCUCUCCAAUUUUAUAAAAAUGUAGAUGGUUCUUAGGAGGAUGCAAAUUCAAGCAAGAUGGGAGAGCAAAGAGAGGGUAUGAGAGAGGGAAUAGGAAACAUCGAGCAAGAGAAGUUGUCUGAAAAGUUGAAACCAUAUAUCUAUUGCAUAUUCGCUAAUGUUUGCCUUGCAGGAUUCAACAUAAUAUCCAAGAUCUAUCUAAACAAAGGCAUGAGUCUUUAUGUGCUUGUUACAUAUGGACAAGCUAUUGGAGCUUUAACUACUGCUCUUCCUGCAUUUCUCUUUGAAAGGAAAAAUGACUGCAAAAUUAGCUUACCAAUCGUGCGAAAUCUCUUCUUCUUGGGUCUACUAGGAGGUGUGUUAGGGAGGGCACUUUAUUAUGCCGGACUAGAAAUAACUUCACCAGCUUUUGCAUCUGCCUUGUGCAACCUAAUUCCAUCAAUGACCUUUAUCUUAGCAGUUUUGUUCAGGAUGGAGAAGAUAGAGAUUUCCAAGCGCAGUUCUCAAGUGAAGAUAUUGGGAACUGUUGUUGCAUUUUCUGGUGCAGCACUCAUGACCCUAUACAAGGGAAUCACUGUGAUUUCUUUACAUAUUCAUCACUCGCAUCAAUCUGUGACCCGAUCAAAAGUAUUCUUAGACAAGGAUUCAAUAAAGGGCUCCCUCAUGCUUGUUACUUCUUACGUUUCAUUGUCAGCAUUCUACAUCUUACAGACAGCUACAAUUAAGAUGUAUCCAGCACCAAUAGCACUUACAUCAUUAACGUGCUUAUCAGGUGCUAUACUCUCGACUAUCAUGACAGCAAUUUUGGAUCAUAAAACUUCGUCAUGGAAAUUGUCAUGGAACAUCAGCCUUUUUGCUCCAAUCUAUAGUGGAGUUGUGAUUUUUGGAAUUACAGUAUAUGUUCAAACAUUGGCAAUUAGGCUAAAAGGGCCAGUUUUCAUGACAGCAUUUAGACCAUUGAGCACAUUAAUAGUAGCCAUUAUGGGACUACUCAUUUUGGGAGAUGCUUUAUACAUUGGAAGUGUUAUCGGAGCUAUGUUGAUAAUUAUUGGUCUGUACGCCACGCUUUGGGGGAAGGAAAAAGAGAAGGUGGAAAAACUGUUAGAGCAAACCACGUCCGAGCAAGGUAUUGAAAUCAAACAAGAGAAGUAAUACAGGUAGAUAAAUUUGUAUUGAAACUGUAACCUCAUCGGUUAAGGAUAAUAUAAUCACUUUAUUUUAAAAUUUUGCCCAAAUGCUUGCUAGUAUCAUACAAACCGUUGCAUCAAAAGAUGUAUUGGAGUUUUUAUCUAAUUUUUUUUCAUAAAUCUAUUAUCCA